AUGACUGUACCAGAUGAGGUUGACAUCAUUGUCUGCGGAGGUGGCAGUUCAGGAUGUGUUCCUGCUGGGCGACUUGCCAACCUCGACCAUAAUCUCCAGGUCCUCUUGAUCGAAGGGGGUGAGACCAACCUCAACAACCCCUGGGUCUACCGUCCUGGUAUCUAUCCCCGCAACAUGAAACUGGACUCCAAGACAGCCACAUUCUACUAUUCACGCCCCUCCGAGUGGCUUGAUGGACGUCGAGCAGUUGUUCCAUGUGCCCAUGUGCUUGGAGGCGGCAGCUCUAUCAACUUUAUGAUGUACACGAGAGCAAGCAGUUCUGACUACGAUGACUUCAAUUCGAAAGGCUGGACCACGAAGGAGCUGAUUCCCUUGAUGAAGAAGCACGAGACAUACCAGCGGGCUUCCAACAACCGAGACAUUCAUGGUUUCGAGGGACCCAUCAAGGUAUCUUUUGGCAACUAUACUUAUCCUAUCAUGCAGGAUUUCCUCCGAGCCGCCGAGAGUCAGGGCUUUCCGGUCACGGACGAUCUUCAAGAUCUCAAGACGGGCCACGGUGCUGAGCACUGGCUGAAAUGGAUCAACCGGGACACGGGCCGGCGAUCUGACGCGGCUCAUGCCUAUAUCCAUGCAACUCGUGCCAAGUAUGAGAACUUGCACCUCCAAUGUAACACCAAGGUCGACAGAGUCGUCAUUGAGGAUGGGAAGGCUGUUGGUGUCUUGACUGUACCUACGAAGCCCGUGGGCGGCGGCACUCCUCCCCGCCGGUUCUUCAAGGCUCGCAAACUCAUCAUCGUCAGCUGCGGAACCCUUAGUUCCCCUCUAGUUCUCCAGCGAUCUGGUAUCGGUGAUCCGGAGAAGCUCAGAAAGGUUGGUGUCAAGCCCGUUGUGGACCUGCCGGGCGUCGGUCUCAACUUCCAGGACCACUAUCUCACGUUCUCUACGUACCGGGCAACACCUGAAACAGAGUCCUUCGAUGAUUUUGUCCGGGGGGUACCAGAGGUUCAAAAGGCUGUCUUCGACGAAUGGAACAUCAAGGGCACCGGCCCCCUGGCCACCAACGGCAUCGAAGCCGGAGUUAAGUCUCGGCCCACUGAAGAAGAGCUUGAAGAGAUGAAGUCGUGGCCUACACCCGACUUCAGCCCAAGCGGGUGGGAGAGCUACUUCAAAAACAAACCAGACAAGCCAGUGAUGCAUUACAGUGUGAUUGCGGGAUGGUUUGGUGACCACCUCGACAUGCCUCCUGGGAAGUUCUUCACCAUGUUCCACUUCUUGGAGUACCCGUUCUCUCGUGGCUUCACUCACAUUGUCUCUCCAGACCCAUACGAUGCGCCCGACUUUGAUGCAGGCUUCAUGAAUGACAAGCGUGAUAUGGCUCCGAUGGUCUGGGGUUACAUCCAGUCCCGGGAGACUGCUCGGCGCAUGCAGGCCUAUGCCGGCGAGGUGACUGCAAUGCAUCCUCAAUUCAGUUACGACUCACCGGCUCGAGCCCUCGACAUGGACUUGAACACUCGUAAUCAAUAUGCCGGUCCAAAUCAUCUCACCGCCAAUAUUCAACACGGAAGCUGGACUGCUCCCGUUCAACCGGGUAAACCUCCCGGGCCCAAUCUUCUCAACUCGAAUUGCGCCCCCUUCCGUGAGAAGCUCCAAUACAGCAAGGAAGAUAUUGCCCACAUCGAGAAAUGGGUCCAGCGACACUGUGAGACGACCUGGCACUCUCUCGGAACAUGUAGCAUGGCUCCAAAGGAGGGCAACAGAAUCGUCAAACAUGGUGUAUUGGAUGAGAGGUUGAACGUCCACGGGGUCAAGAACUUGAAGGUCUGCGAUCUCAGUAUUUGCCCGGACAAUGUUGGCUGCAACACUUUCUCUACUGCUCUGCUCAUUGGCGAGAAGUGUGCUGUCCUUGCUGCCGAAGACCUUGGAUACAGUGGCGCUGCCUUGGACAUGAAGAUUCCAGCCUAUCACGCCCCGGGCGAAUCCCCUGGCUUGGCCCGCUUGUAA